GCCUUACUUUUUCUUAUCCUAGAGACAAAGAAGAUGCUCUUUCUAUGUCUCUUUCUAGUUGGAAUCUUGACAACGUUACUGUAGCCCAAAAGAAUUAACCUCCCUCAGUCCCACUGCCCAAGGAAAACCAACUUGACCCUCCUUCAUUGGUUUUUCCCCUUCCUUUUGCUUUACAUCAAACAGAACCAUCAAUCGUUUCACCAAACUUGCUUGGUUUUUGUUUUUUCCUCAAUAUUUCAAGUGCUCAGCUAUGUUACCAGCAACUGUGAAUAUGCAUCGCCGCCUACUUGAGACAGGAAUGAGCUUGCCACCAGAAAAUAGAAACAGAAUUCCUGGUUCUUACAUUAGCGAGGCAAAUUUUGACACCAACAUGGUGAUUAUAUUGGCAGCUCUUUUAUGUGCUUUGAUCUGUGCCCUGGGAUUGAACUCAAUAAUUCGUUGCGCUCUGCGUUGCAGCCACAGGUUUACCCCGGAGACUCCAGAACAAGUCGCGGCUCGCCUGGCAGCAACAGGCCUAAAAAAACGAGAUUUGAAACAAAUUCCUGUGGCUGUUUAUGGGGCAGGCGUGAGUUUUCCAUCCACUGAGUGCCCAAUUUGCCUCGGAGAGUUCGUGGAUGGAGAAAAAGUUAGAGUGCUGCCAAAAUGUAACCAUGGAUUUCAUGUGAGGUGCAUAGACACAUGGCUGGUGUCACAUUCAUCCUGCCCGAAUUGUCGGCAUUCGUUACUUGAACAUGAUACAUCAAACACCGAGACAUCCCAGGAAGUCACUGCCCGGCGACCACCAGAAAAUGGAUUAGGUGAUCAUCAGCAUGGCAGCGUUGUUGUAGUUGUUCAAGAGGGAAGUUAAUACACUUUGACCAUCAGUCUGAGGACUGGGGGUCGAGUUAGAGCUUCACUGUACUUUGUAGUUGUUAGAAUUUCAAUAGAAGAGAGGAAAUGAAUUGAAAAUGCUGGAUGUUUCUUUUACUUUUUCCCCUUGUUUAUUAAGUUCCACAAGUUCGAAGUUACAAGAUAAAUGCUUACAGAGUUACAGUCAAGAUAGACUGUUCAGCAGCUAGAUUCUAGAGAAAUGAAAAAAUAGU